UUCCCCCCCCACCCCGCGCUCUCCCAUCCCCCGGCGCGGCGGUGCCGGUGAGGCGGGCGGGGUGCGCCGUGCCGUGCCGUCCCGCCGCUGAGCCGCCCCCGCCCCUCUCUCCGCGCAGGCCAUGGUGAACCCCGGCGGCAGCUCGCAGCCGCCCCCGGUGACGGCGGGCUCCCUCUCGUGGAAGAGGUGCGCCGGCUGCGGGGGGAAGAUCGCCGACCGCUUCCUGCUCUACGCCAUGGACAGCUACUGGCACAGCCGCUGCCUCAAGUGCUCCUGCUGCCAGGCCCAGCUGGGGGACAUCGGCACCUCCUGCUACACCAAGAGCGGCAUGAUCCUCUGCAGAAACGACUACAUCAGGUUAUUUGGAAAUAGUGGUGCUUGCAGUGCCUGUGGACAGUCCAUUCCUGCUAGCGAGCUGGUCAUGAGGGCGCAGGGCAACGUCUAUCAUCUUAAGUGUUUUACAUGCUCUACCUGCCGGAAUCGCCUGGUCCCCGGAGAUCGGUUUCACUACAUCAAUGGCAGUUUAUUUUGUGAACAUGAUAGACCUACAGCUCUCAUCAAUGGCCAUUUGAAUUCACUUCAGAGUAAUCCACUACUGCCAGACCAGAAGGUCUGCUAAAAGGUCAGAGUAAUGCAGAAUGCGUGCCUUCAUCUCAAAUUUUGUUCAUCACAGAUGGAUCCCAUGUCUCCAAGUAGACAAGUCACCUUUGUAGCUAGCAUCAAUGCCAGCUCCAUACCAUUGCACCUUCUUUAUUCUUGAUUGCCCUUCCCACAUUUAUUGGUGUAUUAAAAUGACUGAAUAUGAACAUUAAGGACUCCAUGAACCUGGGCUAAUGGGAGACUAGAGAAAAUGAAAAAAGAUCCACCGGAGGACAUCUUGGGGGGGGCGGG